UUUCCAGGUUUGAUUUGGGAUUUAAAAAUAUAUAUAUAUGGAAUUCGAAUGAACUUUAGUGGAUAGAUAUAAACUGGUUUUGACAACUGGGGCCAGAAAGAACUUGUCAGAAGCGGUUCUCAAGGUUACGCCUUUAAGAAGAAUGGGGAGUUUGAAAUGCACUUGCUUCGGCUCUGCCUGGGCCAGGAGCUGAGCCUUGUCCAUGCCACAGCCUGUCGUUUGAACUUUGCUCUGAGCUGACCCCAGAUUAGCACAGUCCUGUAAUCUAGUCUUGCUCAUUUUCCAUGCCCUCGGGUCAUCUUCACUGGACACCUUAAAAUUCCUAGGUUGUAGCCGAUUUCCAAAUCUUAACAGAGGGAUCAUUGCUCUAAGGGAAUCUGUAAGAUUACCCAAUGUUCUAGGAAAUAGUUCAGUCUGCCCCAUGUCCUUGGUCAUUAUGCCACCUUCAGAAAGCCCUCAGGACCAGGGAAGUGCCUGGUUCAGAUAUGUGGGAGUGCGUGUACAGCUGGUAAGAUCUGAAAGACCCCUGCCUUUAGAGAUGACGAAAUCGAGGCAAGAAGGGAUUGCCCUAAGUUGAAGUGAUUUCUCUAAGCUGCUACAGCCAGUUAAUGGUAAACAGAAGCUCAACAAAUAUGGCCUGAGGACUUUGAUAAGACAAGUCUCUGGGCCUUGCUUUUAAAGGACCUGCUACUAUUCUGAAUUGCUGCUACUUUUACAAGAUUUAUUUAUUUAUUUCAAAGAAUUACAGAGAUCUUCCAUGUUCACUGGUUCAUCCCCUGCCUGGAGCUUCCCCCAGUUCUCCCGCUUGAUCCCAGUCAUUUGGGCCAUCUUGUACUGCUUAGCAGAGAGCUGGAUCAAAAGUGGAGCAGCCAGGGCGCAGCCAGUGGCUCAAUUCACCAUGCCACAGUGCUGCCCGGUAGAACUGCUGAUACUUGAGGGCACGGAGUGAUCCGAGGGCCUGUGAAUCUUUGCCAGCUCCCUUGCAUACCAGCUGGGGACCCUUGGGAGGCCAGGGGAUUCUGCACAGGCGUGGGGCCUGGCUUAGGGUGGGUCGGGACUGCUGUUCCAUAUCAGCCAGUAAGAUCUCACAGCCCAUGACUGUCUUUUCCCACCCAGUAAACGCCCAAGUCCGUAAAACCAGAAGGCAGUGGUAAUUUCCAUAUUCUGGAAAUUGUAGAAACUUCUAGGUCACCAGAUUCCUGAACCCCGGCCUCAGUGGCUGUGUUUGCAGAACCAACAAUUGCUAAAUGAAUGAGGAAGGCAGACAGCACCUAGCAGACGGCAGCUGAACGCUCGGAGUCAUGAUGUAAGCUUGUAGUCAGUGUCUACUAGGUGCCCCGUGCUGUGCCAGGUACUGGAAGAGCUGCAGAUAGCUCUGGAGGAGCCUGCCACAUGCCAUCUUACAUGCCAGAGGCAGGACGUUCCGGGAAAGGGGUUUUUCUAUUAUCAGUCUCUGCAGUAGUUUUCGCAUAACAGGCUAUAGGAUGCUAAAGGCAUCAGACUUUUCAGAGCAGGAGUAGAUUCCAGCUAUCACUUUCACAGGAUGAUCCUAGCUAGAAGAAGCAGCAACACUUCUGUCCUCCAGAAACCCAAGGAUGCACAUGGGGCUACCCUGGAAUCUGCCGCCACAGAGAAGCACAUACAGAAAGCGGAGUCUAGAGGGGGGAAAAGCAACUGAGCACACCGGAAAGGGCUCAGAGCGUGAGAGUAGUGAGGUGGUCACGAGAUCCACCAGCCUUACCAUCUCUCGUGGGCCACAUCCAACCAGUGGCCAACUCUUACCCCAGACGUGCAAGCGCUGUCUGCCAUUUGCCCUCUGCUGGCUUUCUCUUUGGGUCACCAGGUUUGGCCCAAGGAAUCUGUUGAUUAAUAAAAGGGCACCUCCGAAAGCUGAUGGGGAAACUGAAUUAAAGGAUGUUUUACUUUGAUAGAAAAACUUUCACUAUCUGUGUAUCAUUUCAUUGAUUCAUGUAUUUUAUUUGAAAGGGAGAGAGACAGAGAUCUCCCAUCUGCUGACUCACUUUCCAAAUGUCCGCAACAUCCAGGACUGGGCCGAGCCGAAAGCACGAGUUGGGAACUCAGCCCAGGGCUCCCACAUUAAGAAUGACCCAGAAGAAAUCAAUGUUCUGUUCCGGAACCAAUGUGUAUACUCAAGUGCCUGAUGGAGGCUGGGGCUGGGUGGUCGCUGUUGCUUUUUUCUUCAUCGAAGUCUUUACCUACGGCAUCAUCAAGUCCUUCGGCGUCUUCUUUAAGGACUUAAUGGAGAGUUUUGACGAAUCCAACAGCAGGAUCUCAUGGAUAAUAUCUAUAUGUGUGUUUGUCUUAACGUUUACAGCUCCCCUCUCUGCAAUCCUGAGCAAUCGCUUUGGACACCGGCUGGCAGUGAUGCUGGGCGGGGUGCUGGUCAGCACUGGAAUGGUGAUAGCCUCCUUCUCCCAAAAGGUCUAUCACAUGUACAUCGCCAUUGGGGUCGUCUCAGGUCUGGGAUGCUGCUUCAGUUUUCUCCCCGCAGUCACCAUUCUGUCCCAGUACUUCGACAAAAGGCGUUCCAUCGUCACAGCUAUUGCCUCCACGGGAGAGUGUUUCGCUGUGUUUGCUUUUGCACCAGCCAUCACAGCUCUGAAGGAGCACACUGGCUGGCAGUACAGCCUGUUCUUCGUGGGCCUGCUGCAACUGAACAUCGUGGUCUGCGGGGCACUGCUCAGGCCCCUGGUUAUAAGAGGACCUGGAUCGCCCAGGAAGGUUCCCCACGAGAACCGGAAGGAAGUGCAAUACAUGCUUGAAAAUGAGAAAACGCGGACCUCAAUCGACUCCAUCGACUCAGGAGUGGAACUAACUACCUCACCAAAAAACGUGCCUAGUCAUGCUAACUCUGAACCCGAGCCCAGGGCGGACACGCAGCGAGCCCUGGUGAAGGCGGGCUCCCCACGCAGGGCUGAGAAAGCCCCCCUGAUAGACUUCUCGAUUUUGAGAGAGAGGAGCUUUAUCUGCUAUGCGUUGUUUGGCCUCUUUGCCACGCUGGGAUUCUUUGCGCCUCCUCUGUACAUCAUCCCUGUGGGUAUCAGUCUGGGUGUCCACGAGGACCGUGCUGCUUUCCUGCUGUCGGCGAUGGCGAUCGCCGAGGUGUUUGGCCGGAUCGGAGCUGGUCUGGUCCUCAACCGAGAGCCCAUUCGCAAGAUCUACAUUGAGCUCAUCUGCGUCAUCCUGCUCACCGUGUCUCUGUUUGCCUUCACAUUUGCCACCGAGUUCUGGGGACUCAUGGCCUGCAGCGUGUUCUUUGGGUGUAUGUUCGGGACUGUAGGAGGGACCCACAUCCCACUGCUUGCAGAGGACGACGUUGUGGGCAUCGAGAAGAUGUCCUCCGCAGCCGGAGUGUACGUCUUCAUCCAGAGCAUCGCAGGGCUGGCUGGACCACCCCUGGCAGGCCUCUUGGUGGACCGAAGUAAGAUCUACAGCAGGGCCUUCUACUCCUGCGCAGCCGGUAUGGCUGUGGCCGCCCUGUGCCUGGCCCUGGUGAGACCGUGCAAAAAGGGACUGUGCCAGCGCCAGCAUUCCGCGAGAACACCAGCAGAGAGCCACCGCACGAAAGCUCUGGAAGACAUCCCUGAAGACUUUCUGGAAAUGGAUCUUGGGAAAGCGCAGCCAGUAUGACAGGCUCACCUAGGGAGCAGCGGCUGUUACGGUGGCUGGGGGUGAGACGAGUGUGGGGCAGGGGGCAGAGGAGCGCACUUCUCCGUCCCCCUGCAACAUAAGGGAAUGUAGGAGUGAACACACUACCCUCUUUUCCCCUAAAGUUUUCCUUUUUGCUGCUGCUGCUUCUUCUUCUUUUUGUUAAGCCAAAACAGAAACAACAAAACACUCUUCCCUGUAUGAAUCUGGCUGCAGUCCGUAGCAACACAAAGGUCACACUCACAUUCCAAGGUUGAAAUCAUGACAUGAAGCGACAAGGGGCUUCUAAGCGCAUUUCCACGUCAUAAACGACUAUCUUAGAAAACCAACAGCUCACCCAGGCCAUGGAGAUUGACCAUUCAAACAGAAAACCUUCAACCAAUCAUUUCAAAGCUUCCAGUUUUCAGAAAUAGGAAUAAAUUUUAUAAAUGCUUUGAGAAAUACUAAGAUUUUCAUUAACAAAUUGCGGCCUCUGAUGUUUCCACACACUGCAUGGGAAUGAAGCCUGCUUAAGAUCAAGCAUUUGACUAAUAUAAAAAAAUGAAAUAUAUAUAUAUAGACCUUGCACUUCCUCAAUGGGAAGAUCACCACUUUUUACAAUCAGUCAUCACCACAAGUAUUUCAAUACAGAAUAUUACGAAAUGGCAUUUGAAAAUGUGUUUCCUAUGACUUAACUAUUCAAAAUAUGUGAUUAUAGUGUCUUUAAUUUAAACCACUAUUUAUUAUUAAGUUAUUCUAGAAUGAUUAAUCAAAAGAAAUGAAACAUGAUCUGAGACACAGAAGCUUUUUUUUUUUUUUUUACCUCCUUUCUGCAACUCACUUCAUGUCUCAAAGCAUCCUUCCUACCCUGUCAAGUUACUCUGUAAAGCCACGUGGUCAUGAUUCUUCCGUUGGAGUAGGGGCAGGGUACACGGUUUAAGAGGGGGGGAAUGGAGAGCAAAUCGCCUUAGCUUUCACAAAUCAUUUGUUUCAUCACCUAAGAAUACUUGAGGAUCUUCUUUGAUCAGCAUUACAUUUCAUCAAAUUUGUGGAAACAUUUAUGAUUUUUUUUAAAAAGCAUCGAAGAGUUGAAGCAUUUCUGUAUUUUAUGGGAGUAGCAGAGACAUCUGUGUUCAUUACCAUCAUGAGUUACCAAUUGCAACUUAAUGUCUUCCAUAGAAUGUUUGUUCCUGUGGGUUUCACUUACAUGGUGUGUGAGCAGUUUUCUGGAAAGCAGGCCAGGGUCAGGGUGGGAGGUGGGCUUUGGGUCGCCUGGUCUACUGAGUCUCACCCUCCGGGUGAUGGUCAAUGCUUGCUGCUCCAUCUUUCUUCAUCUUUACUGUUCAUUUAUGACAACUCAGGGGGAAAAAAAUUGUAAACAAGCCUAGUUUGGUUAACAGGUACACAAAAGCUUGAAUCGUUCUGUGCACUGAAAUGAAAGUGGCAUAGUUCAUCACCACUGGCUAAAGUUUGUACAGCAUUUUUAUCAGCCAUAGAAAUAGGACAAUCUGUAAACCUCUGAGAAGGGCGGGGAGGGCGAGGACCAAGGCUGUGGGGCACUAACCCCCUGAGGCCAGGCGGGAGGCAGCGGAUCUGCCACUGCCUGCCAGGAACUCGGAGUGCGUGGCUGCUCUGCUGACACGCAAAUGACUUCAGCACUUUAUGACGUAUUUUUUUACUAUGAAUGUUCAAUACAAUUUCAUAUUUAUAAUUGA